AUGAUCAAAUUAGGACGUUUAAUUAAUCCUCUACAUCAGCUCUGCUAUGCCGACGGCAUUCAGUUAUCUAUCAUAGACGUUCUGUACAAAAAACAAGAUUUAUCUUUGUCUGAGGAUAAUGACAUUGAUGAGAUAUUUGACGUAUCAGGAGAAGAAACCGAAAUAAACUCCGAUGACGAAGAUGACGUUUUUUACUCUUUUUUUCCAACAAGAGAGGUAUAUCUGGAUACAGAGUACGCGAGUAUCAUAGAAAAGGUCAGAAAACUGGUCAGGCUUUUUAAGAAAUCGCCAACAAAAAACGAUCUCCUCCAAGUUUACAUUAACCAAAAGUUUGGCAAAAACUUACAGCUAUAA